CUCGUCUAGGUGCUUUCACGGUCAGUCGACGAUUGAACUGUGAUUGGACUAAGACAUGCGUAUAUCCGAUGUUAACCAGCUAGAAUUUGACGAAUUUACUUCUAAAUUCGGAAACGUCAUCGAACAUGCAACUCUCAUUACCGCCGCUGUAUGGUCAGAAAGGCCGUUCAGGUCGUUGACUCAUCUACACGACGAGAUCUGUAAAUUUAUUGACACGUUGCCAGACACAGGUAAAGCUGGUAUUCUAAGAUGUCACCCUGACCUUGCAGGUAAGCUGUCACAAGCCGGUACAUUGACAAGCGAAUCCACAAAAGAACAGAGCGGUUCUGGACUACUGUCCCUAACAGAAGAUGAACGGAACUACCUCCAACAAUGCAACGCUAAAUACAGAAACAAAUUUGGAUUUCCUUUCGUCAUAUGUGCUCGGGAGAACAAAAAGGACGCUAUUAUGAAGGGAUUUAAAACAAGGCUAGAUAACUCGAUGGUUGAUGAAUUGAACACUGGUAUCAGGGAAGUGAAGAAAAUUGGUUGGUAUCGACUAUUGGACUUGGUUGACAAGGAUUCACACUUAUGAUGUCCUCCAUCUUAGAUUAUAAAAAUCAUUAUGGAUUGAGAUAGACAUAUAAUUAGACAAAUCAUUUUAAUUUUUAUAUUAAAAAAUAAACUAAUAUGAAUAUUUUACACAAAUACGGUUAUUUUCUUGAUAUCAUUAUUAACGGUAGCAAUCUAAACAGCAAAACAUUUAUGACAUUUUUAUGCCCUAGUCAGACCACAAAGGAAACUUUUUUCCCCCGCCUAAUGAAUGUUUACAAAAGUAUAGUUGUACAGUAGACAGAACUCUAUAAAGAAAAUGGUUGAACCCACUUUUACAGUUUACAGUGUAAUCCAAGAGCAGUGGGUCCUCCUUGAAUGUGUAAAUGCAAAUGUAAAUUAUGCAAACAAAAUAAUGUAUUCAAUUAACAUGGUGACAUUUUAGGGACUACUUUAUUUCCUGCAUCAAAUUACAUACUUUUUUAUGGUGUUAUAUGACACCUGAUCAUUCAAGUAUAUUGAUAUGUAAAAGUUGUGCCAUUUGGUGUUCCUGAUAGUUUGAUAAUAGUGAAGUAAAGAAUAUCAGUAAGUCAAUUGUGAA